UAGAGGAAGCAGUUAUCACAUGGGGGCGCUGUGUAGCCACGAAUAUCCUGAUGAAGCUUAAACGAGGCACCAUGAACUUGGCUGUUAACACAAUACAGCUACCUUGGGGGAACUUCUAAAAAGGUGUCGAGAACAGAGACACAGUAGUAAACUUCGUCCAUCUCUUGGCGGCGUGCACGCGCCUGACGUGGCCGCUGCUGCAACCCGACGUGUGCGCACCCCCCUUAGACUGACAUCACCGACCCUCCAAUGAGAAUCUCUUCUACUCCGGAGCCUGUCGAAUCAAAAGCCAACCAGCGGGCGGCGUGCUGGAUGACGUCAUGCACUAACAGCUGGUCGAUGAGCCAACAACAAAAAAAAAGGGAUGUAAAAUGUAAAGCGGGCACAGCGGCGAGCUGUGAGCUGCACCUUGGCUCAAGCCCACAGCCACGGAACACUCGGAACCAUGUGGAUCAUCAGGAGGAGGAGGAUGCUGCUCUACAUCGUUUACACUUUCCUAUGCGCCUCUGGAGAUUGCCUUUUUGUGACUGAAUACUUCACCCGAACGCCUCGUAAGCUCAGUGCUUUCAACUCCUUCGCCAGUGUGGAACUGUUCCACUUCAAUGUGCCUGAUGACACCAUGAUGGCCGUAUGGAACCUCAUUACCUUCAAGGAACAAGGGGGCACCUUUGGAGAUCGCUGCCCCAAUCGCAAUGUGACUGUGUACUUCAGGUCUGGCGCUCCACCCGUAAUCAACCCUCUGAACACUAAUUUCCCACGGGAUAUGGUCGUGCCAGGAUCCUUUGCCGUCACUCUUACCUGGACCCUUCCGAACCGCACCACCGGGGCGUUCAACGUGACCAGCCCGCUCCCUGGGGACUGGUUCUUGGCUGCACAUUUACCCAAGGAUGAAGGAAAGAUCUCAGUCAAAGGUCUGUCUGAGGAAUGUCAGUACUUGUUCCAGCCUCAGCUCAUCGUACAGAGGCUCAUUGGGAUAUCGCUGCUCUAUCCGGGCUACUUCAUAGACCAGAUGAUCCCUGCACACAACAGAUCUGCUCUUUAUAAAGUGUUCGUCCCCAAUUACAUAUCCAAGGUCAAAGUUCAGCUGGUAAACUGCGGCAUAAAGAACAAAAGCAAUGGCACUUCUUGUCCCGUGGUGUUGAAGAUAAGAGCGCGGGCGCCCCCUGUGCACAACUCGAGUGCCCUCGACUGCAGGGAGUGGAACCCUUGUGAGUUAGAUGCCCCCGUGCCCGCAUGGGAACAAUGGCACUACAUCCUGGUGGAGCGGUACAACACUAACUCCAAUGUCUACUUCCGCAUUGGAGUGCAAGUCACAGACUGCACCAAGUCCAAUGCAUCCAAGGAUCAGUCACAGCCAGGCUCCUCUAUGAACAUGCCGCAGUCUUUUGGCACAGCUAUGGCUUUCUCCUUGUCUGACACCCUCUCCAUGGCAGUGCUGGGGGCACCGUCUCACAAUGCCAGUCAGCUGCACACCUCAGGGGACAGCGUGGUUUAUCUCACUCCCGCCACCGACGCCAACAAGUGCUGGCCCAUCCGCCCGACUCUGCGCAACGAACUCGACACCUUCUCCGUGCACUUUUAUGUCUUCUUUGGUCCAAAUAUAUCCAUUCCGCCAGACAGGGAAGCCGUGUUUGCCAUCAAUCUGAUGCCCGUCUUGGACAGCGGCGGGGUCCUCAACAUGGAGCUGAAGCUCAACAUGUCGAUGCUGAAAGACAAGAAUGUCACCGUGUUCGGCUGCCUGACUCACGGGAUGCCUCUCUUCGUCUGGCAAAACUCAUCAUUGAAAUGUGAAUCAGAAUCUGUAGCUGGGUUUUUCCUCUCUGUGAACACUUCCACUAACAUCACCAAGCUCAGGAUUCCUUACCCACAAACGGGCACCUGGUACCUCAGUCUGCGCUCGCUGUGUCCCACAGAACACGGCUUGGGGGCAUGCGCCAACACCACUGCAGAGGUGUACAUGCGCGCUUACCUGACUCCAUGCAUCAACGACUGUGGCACGUAUGGACAGUGCAAGCUGCUGCGCACCAACAGCUACCUUUAUGCCGCAUGUGAAUGCAAAGCAGGCUGGGAAGGCUGGGGAUGCACAGACAAUUCUGAGGCCUACUCUUACAGCUUCCAGCUCCUCUCCACCCUGCUGCUGUGUCUCAGUAACCUCAUGUUCGUCCCGCCUGUGGUCAUCGCAGUCCGCAGCCACUACCUGCUUGAGGCUUCUGUCUACAUCUUCACCAUGUUCUUCUCCACGUUCUACCAUGCAUGUGACCAGCCGGGCAUUGUGGUCUUUUGCAUAAUGGAGUAUGAUGUUCUGCAGUUCUGUGACUUCCUUGGCUCGCUCAUGUCAGUGUGGGUCACCGUCAUCGCCAUGGCCAGGCUGAAGUCCAUCAUUAAACAGGUGCUUUAUUUGCUCGGGGCCAUGUCCCUGUCUAUGGCUUUGCAGCUGGACCGUCACGGUCUGUGGAACCUGCUGGGACCCAGUCUUUUUGCUCUGGGCAUCAUGGCAGUGGCAUGGACAGUGCGCACCAUCCGCCGACGGCAAUGCUACCCGCCCACCUGGAAGCGCUGGGUGUUCUUCCUCUUCCCGGGCACCACCAUCGCCACUUCGGCCGUGGCCCUUUACGCCUUCGUGGAGACGGAGGAGAACUACUUCUACAUCCACAGCAUCUGGCACAUGCUGAUCGCGGGCAGCGUGGGUUUCCUCCUCCCACCUCGCGCCAAGCCCGACCCCAAGGUGACGCCGCUGAAGCGGAGGCGAGGCUGCGGCUACCAGCUGUGCGUGAAUGAGCACGAGGAACUGGGCCUGGUGGACCCGGCCAUCAUCACCAUAAAUAGCAUCUGCACCAGCUGAUAGACUCCUCCCACCUCCACCCCCACACCUGUUACCUUGGAGACACUUCAUUGCCUUCUUUUACUUGGGACGUUCACUCACGGGAAAUAAGCCACAGAACUUGAAGAACUCAACUUCAACUGUAAAUACUUUGAUGCUGAUAGGACGUAUUGUUGAAUCUCCUCUUCUUCUAGUCAUGGUUACUGUCCCCGUGAAGCAACGCCUUUCCACACCAUCGAGGUUAGCUUUGACUGCUAUCUACAAUGUUGACGCCAGAGCCAUAUUGAUUUGGAAUAAACGCAACAGCUGCAGUAGCAGAGCUGAGGUCAAAGGUUGCUUCAAGGCACGACUAAUCUCCUCACUUUAUGAAUUAUUGUCAAAGCAAGAACCUUAUGGUUUUUAAUGGCUCACCGGCAAAAGCCGCAGAAUGAACACAUCAGUCAAUGUUACCUACGAAGGGGCAAAUACUUUAAUUGCAGCUUUAACAAGCAAGAAUUGUAUUGUUUAUAUUCUCUCCUAGGUACAACUAGUCUUUCAAUCAGAACCCUAUUGCUUUUGAUGGACAAAAGACACAGAUGACCGAGGCAGCUGAGGUGAAAGCGCUUGACAAGGCGCCGCUCAUCUUCCAGUGUGAAGGUUUAGUGUCGUAAGUCAGACGCCAGGACCCUAUUGUUUUUACUAGCUCACUGACAACAAUGACAGAGGCAGCUAAGAUCAAAGGUCAAGUCAGUGCAACUAUUUUGUUUCUAUCCCUACAUGAGGUCAAAGGUCAGGUGAGUACAUGUUGACUUGACUAUUUUCAAAGCUUUCAGGGAUUCUUUCUCCAACGCCAGCCCGAUUGAUUUGGAGUCUGAUGCCGGGAUGCUAUAGGGCCGCGCGGGUACAUUCACUGUUAUCCAGCGUUCGCUUGGCGGGGACGUCACACUGUGGUCGCCUUUGUAAGUUACCAUCCAUCAACCAAGUGCAAGUAUUACUCGUGUAUGUACUGUACAGUAGAAGUAUUUCUUAUGACAUAUGGUGUGUACUGUACUUUAUACACAUGCUUGUUUGUGAAUAUGCAUCGGACGUCAAGGCUGCUAUCUGACGGUGACUGUAAAGCUGCUUGUGUUCCUUAUUUAUUCGAGCAGGCCGCUUACAUUCCACUCGGUACAGCAGAGGAUUUCAAAGUGAAGGCCAGCGACUGACGUAGAACCGCACUGAACGUUUAACACUGGGCAGCUGCCACUUAACAGGGCUUGCACUCAUUCCGGCUACAUUUCUGUGCUACCCCUUCUUAACAACACUGCAUUACUCAGACUUUCCCGUCUUUGUGGAUUGUUUUGUGGAUGCCGUUCAUUUCUUUUGCGCAAGGUGGCGGCUGGAGGAUAAUACAACACAUCUAGAUUAGGCUCUCAUGCAUGCACUAAGUGUAAGGGUGCCCUUACUAACUGCACUUACCUCACUUUCAUAUCUCAUGGUAGAGCAUUAUUUGAACUUAUCACCUGGUCAUGGUUUAUGUGAAGUACAGUAGAACCUCGGUUUUUGUAGGAUGCGGUUUUGCUAAAAAUGUCUCAAGUUAUUGAGCCUGAAAAGGUAGUCUGUGGAUUUAAAUGCCCCAAGUAUUCACGUGUUGGUGAUGGUGGUUAUUUUACAGUUGGGACACCCCAGACAGAUCCCACCAACGGAAUCUUUUAAUCGUUAUUUGUGUGUGUGGUUUAUUUGUUCAUAUAACGCACACAGAACGAUGAACAACUCAUUUCUGUCACUUAAUAAGCACUGCGCUGUUCCCUGAUGAGGUUUUCAGGCGCACUGCGUGAGUGUCAGAGGAAUUUUUUAACAAGAAAUUUAAUACAGCCGAAAAAAAAGCUGCAAGUGCCAUAACUUUGAUCACAAAGUUAGUGUUAUUACAAUGGGAUUGUCAUGUAAAGGUUCCUAGUUAACGCAGGUUGCAAGGGAGAACAUUUUCAGAGAGACACAUGACAGAAAGUGAGCCGGGCCAGCGUGUGUAAAGAUGAUUGUACCUGCUGCUGAAGUUUACAUUGAAUAUCGUGUGAGAAAGUUUACAGCUCUAACCUUCCACUCUUUAAAGUUACGCUUGUAACAAAUUAGAAUAAAUCUCUCCUCUUCCCUCCACCCAUCACUGUGUUCAGCAAGUCUUUAACAAAGGCAAAAGUGAUAAGUACUCGUUUAUCCAUUUAAGUCAUCAUGUCUAUGCAUCUCUGCAUGUCAAAAUUAUCCUCUUGUGUUCAUAUUUUUGGGUGUUUGGAACCUGAUGAAGUGGACUUCCAUGAUUUCUUAUGGGAAUGUUUGUGUGUUGUAUGUUUCUGAUCUGACCCACUACACAUCACACGUUUACACAAUUGAACAUGUCCAAAAAGGAGUAGGAAGAAGCAGAAUUCAUGAUAACACUAACCCUCAAUAAAACAUGUGUAAUACACAAUUUGUCCUCUUAGCACAUUCUGGAUCCAGUUGUCUGGUGUUGUCUGCUCUCCCGUCAUAGGAACUAGAAAUGUAUCAGGUUUAAAACUAGUACUAGUACUAUAAUAUGCUAUUAUAAAUUAAUAUCUAACUAGAUAUAAUAAAAUUAGCAUAUAGUAACUCAUUUGUUUGGUAACUUGCUAGCAACCUUUUUUCCAGUGGCCGUCUGUGUUGCAGCUGCAUCUUCGUGUCACUGGUGUGUGUGUGUGUGAGUGCCAGGAAAAAAAGUUGUGACUCAUUUGGGUCCACGUGUUGGUUUGCAUGCAUCAAUCUCUCCGGAAUAUAAGACGACGUGUCUUUUUCAGACUUUUUCCUAGAGCAGUGGUAGGGAACCUACGGCUUGGCAGCCAGAUGAGGCUCUUUUGAUGACGCCAUCAAUUUGUUUAUUUUAAUUUGUUUUCCUGACAUUUUAAAGUAAAACAUUACGGAAAUCACAGUGUUAAAAAUAACAUUAAAAAUAUGCAUUCUAAUGCAUUUUAAUCCAGCCAUUUGAUUUUUUAGCCACCUGCCACCUGUCCUUCCCAUGUUUUCCGUGUCAGACACCAAAACUUGAUUAUUAUUGCGGUCGUCCCUCCUUUAAUGAAAUAGUCAGCUAGCUAAUUGUCCAGAGACAACCCUUUUGAGGAAAAAGGAAAAGAAAGAUACGGAGUAGGAUGCAAAACCAUGCAGCACCAGAAGUCGCAUUAAUGGUAAAAAGUAAUUUAUUAUUGGUUAGCUUCAAGAUAACAACAUGAUUAAAAAGACUAAAUUCAGAGACUUAUUAUAUUCUAAAAUUGUUGGUCUUCCUUAAAUAUACACACAUUUGGUUGUAUUCGGUGUUAAAAAUAUGAUAUGGCUCUCACGGAAAUACAUUUUAAAAUAUGUGGCUUUCAUGGCUCUCUUAGCCAAAAAGGUUCCUGACCUCUUCCUAGAGUCUAUUCAGUACAAUACAAUAUUUUCUCAAGCUGCUGUGCCUCACACUUUGAAAACCACUGCAGUAGAUUCAUGGGUUGUGACAUGUAUCACUUAUCAAGGGCACUGCUUUUUUUUUAAUGGUCUUGGAUUCUACUUUUUGCACUGAGAAAAAAAAAAUGUACAUUUUCAUCACAAAUGUAAACCUAGCUGUCAUGUGGAAUGUUAGACUGUCUCUUACAGUGGAAAUGUAUCGUUUUCACAUGAAUGUGCUGAUUAAAAAGGGAACAAUUCCAAAGUGCAGCUGCCUGUCACCGGGAAUGACGAUGACAAAGAGUGUGGGGGGAGCGGGGGUUGCGACGAUUUCAGACCUCAAAAGAAGACCUGGCCUCUUUUACUCAUCCUCUGACAGGACCUGUGUGUCACCACAUUCAUAAACAAUAAAUGUUUUCUUUC